AUGCCAAGCACCCUCGGAAGGAACUUAAAUCUCUGCUUCACAAAGAUCAAGCGGCCACUCUUGACUCUCCAAUCUCCUCCCGUCGACGAUCACCGAUCUCCACCAACAACUACCUCCACCGUCUCCACGGCCAUGUCAUCCUCGACUGUUAUAAAAAACUUCAACUCCCUCUACGACGGAGACCACGCCUUCUUCGACUCCGCCACCACCUCCUCCUCCAUUAAGUCUUCCGAUCUCUCCACCACAGAAACCGAAAACGACACAGACACCACCGCCGCCGCCGACUUCGCCACCGUCUUCGCCUCCCAGCGCUUCUUCUUCUCCUCGCCCGGCCGCUCCAACUCCAUUGUCGACCAGUCCUCCUCCUCCUCGUCUUCCUCCGACCUCCACGCGCCCUUCAAGCACAACAGCGUGGCGGUGCCAACGUACUCGCCCGACCCCUACCUCGACUUUCGGCGCUCCAUGCAGGAGAUGGUGGAGGCGCGUGAGCACCAGACGGAGGACGAGAGCGUGAAGGUCAAAUCUAACUGGGAGUUCCUGCAUGAGCUGCUCCUGUGUUAUCUCGCGCUCAACCCUAAGAGCACUCACAAGUUCAUCAUCGGCGCAUUUUCCGAUCUCCUCGUCAGUCUCCUCCCCUCACCCAAAGAUCCCGAGUUCACCGCCGGCGUCUGCGAGAUUUCCCGGUGCUAG